AUGUGGAUGGCCGGAUACUUGGUCAGUGAUGCUGUUCUUGAUGUCAGUCUCACCUGCCUCACCGUACCUGAGAUGUCAGCCAAUGAAAGCACGUGGAACCCCACCAACCCCACUUUAUUAUAUAUAUACUCGUAUGCUGGUGGUAGUGCCAGUGGUGGUAAUAGUGUCGGUGAUGGUGAUGGUAAUGUGCUGCUGCAACUGCUACUGAUGCUGAUGCUGAUGAUGGUGAUGGGGAUGGCGAUGGUGCUGGUCAUAGUGCCGCUGAUGGUAAUAGUGAUGAGGGCGGUGGCGACAACGAUGACGACGACGACGAGGAGGACGAUGACCAUAGGGGAGAAUGAUGAUGAUGAGGAUGAUGAUGAUGAGGAUGAUGAUGAUGAGGAUGGUGAUGAUGAUGGUGAUGAUGCUGGUGAUGAUGAUGGUGAUGAUGCUGGUGAUGAUGCUGGUGAUGAUGGUGGUGGUGAUGGUGGUGGUGAUGGUGGUGGUGCUGAUGGUGGUGGAGGUGAUGGUCAUGGUGGUGAUGGUGAUGGUGCUAGUGGUGAUGGUGCUAGUGGUGAUGGUGCUAGUGGUGAUGGUGCUGGCGGUGAAGGUGCUAAUGGUGAUGGUAUUGGUGAUGGUGAUGGUGGUGGUGAUUGUGGUGAUGGUAGUUGUAGUGAUGGUGGUUGUGGUGAUGAUGAUGAUUAUGAUGGUACUGGUGGUGCUGGUGUUGGUGGUGAUCGUGCUGGUGGUUAUGGUGGGGGUGGUGAUGCUGUUGGUUAUGAUGGUGCUCGUGAUGAUAGUGCUGGUGGUGAUGGUGCUGGUGGUGAUGGUGCUGGUGAUGGUGGUGGUGGUGAUUGUGAUGGUGGUGAUGGUGAUUGUGUUGGUGGUGACAGUAGUGGUGAUGGUGCUGCUGAUGCUGGUGCGUUGUGA